GAAUCAAGGGGUUCCGUGAAAAGGCAACAAUGGCGAUUUUCUGCUGCCCGUGCCUCAAGUGCUUGUUCUGCUUCUUUAACGCCCUUUUGUUUCUUGUGGGCGCUACAAUGUUCAGUUUAGGCCUCUGGGUUUUGAUCACCAAGAGCGCCUACAUUUCCCUCCUGCAGUCUGCGUUCGACUCUUUCCGAAGCCUGCUGUACAUUUUCAUCGCCAUCGGCGCUUUCACCAUGUUUCUUGGCUUAUGGGGCACCUUGGGACUCUUCUAUGGCGUGCGAUUCGUUUUGAUCGUCUACAUCCCCCUCCUGAUCCUCAUUGUCAUCUUCCAUUUUUUCCCCGGCUUAUUCAUGAACUUCCAACAGAAGAAGAUUGAAGACAAGCUCACCAAGAACAUCCUCGGCUUCAUCCAGAACUAUAACCCAAUGGACCGGGCCAACCAGCACAAAGCGAUAGCCUGGGAUUAUGUUCAGAUCCAACUGUCUUGUUGUGGCUGGACCGGGCCAGAAAAUUGGAAAAACAACACAUUUUUCCAGGAUCAAGUGGGAAUCUACCCGUGUUCUUGCAGCAGCCACCCAGCCAGUUUCCAGCCGGUCCUGGGCGUCUGCAGGUUGACCGCCGUUUCCCAUAAAUCGGUGGUGGAUGAUUGGCCCGUGACAAAACAGGGAUGCGGUACGCUUGUGCAAAAGCGGUUCAAGAAGGUCGCGAACACUGUUUUCGUCGUCUCCUUUGUCGUCCUGUUCUCUGAGAUUCUGGGAAUCGGCCUUUCAUUUUACAUUUGCGCAGGCCGAAACGUGUACGUUGAAGGUCACAGCUGAAUCUCCCAGGGGGAAGAUGGCGGUGGCUAAGGGGAACAACCCCUCCGAGGGAAGAAACAGAAUUCCUUCUCUCCAGGUUUCCUUCCAAGUUUUCUGAGGCAUUUUGGCAUGGCUGGUAGCUUAUGAGUUGAACUCAAGACCCAACUUUGAGCCUCCGGAGGUUCAAAUGAAAUUCCCAGUAUGUCUCAUCCAUGAGCAUAUUGGCCUGGCUCCUGAGGGUUGAGGUCCCUUCAGAAAAGGGGAGUUCCAGAUCCCUAUAGUGUAUCUUACAAGAUUUCUGACCAACUUCCGCAACUUUUAUCCAGUCAGCUUUAUCUACCAUUAGAUAUAUGAGACCUCUCAACAUUAACAUCAGCUCUGAGCUACAUAAUCUAACCCACUGUUUCUCAACCUCCAGCACUUUAAGAUGUGUGGGCUUCAACUCCCAGAAUUCCCCAGCCAGCAUGGCUGGCUGGGGAAUUCUAGGAGUUGAAGUCCACACAUCUUAAAGUGCCGGAGGUUGAGAAACACUGGUUAAUUCUUAAGCUUUACCCAGGAUCCUGAUUUGGGACGAUCCUUCUUUCCAUAUCUCUAGCUCUUCUUCCAUUAUCCCGGCCUGCUAACCCUGCGUUCAAUUCCAUCUACAAGAAACCAGGUCUUUGCUGCCUCUUUGAUUGUCUGCUCCCAAAUAUGCUACAAAAACCGAAUGUUAAGAGAGUUGUCUUUUCUCAACCACACGCCCGACACAAGGGAGGAUCCAGUUGCUUAGUUCUUUGAAGGAACAUACUGCCAAAAGGAACACACUGCCAAAACGCCUUCCCUUUCUCAAUAAACUUCCUUCGAACUGUUGAACCGGUUGCUGCGUUAUUUCUCCACCUUCCUAAAAUAAACCUCUUACGCGAAAAGACGAUUCCCGGAUCCUUCCCAUCACUGUUCAUUCGUUGAUGACACUGAACAGAUCAAAGAUUGCCCCAGCCGUGCAAGUGUGAUUUUGCAGAUUAUUUUCUUGGACAGGUCUAUCCAAUGCCUUCUGGGUGUAUGUGCAUGUGUUUGGGUGUGUGUAUGUGUUAAUAAGGAUAUGAUCGAGAUCACAGGAAGUGAUAAUAUAGCUCUAGUCUAUACCCUAGAGCAGGGGUGGGGAAUGAUGGCCUUUUUAUGACU